AUUCAUUAGAUGACAUUUUGAUCGACGAUUACAUAUCUGAAUCUUGUAGGAUUUUGCAUGAUAAGGUUUUGUAUCCUAUAUGAACCUUUAUUAUAUGGUCUUUCCUCAGUAUAACGCUUUAGGUUAGGGGUGGGAAACCGUUCGGUUUAACCCGGUCUUUUAGAUGAGAAUUGCGCCAAUGAAGUAUGAACAACCCGAAAUUGGAUUGGAUUGAAAAGAGUUUCAAUCGUGACUGGAUUGGAUUGGAAACAAUAUGGUCUGGUUUUAACCUGAAAAUCGAAAAGACACAAUUCUCGUCUCAAAAUGUCACGUAACUCAAAAUACAUUUGACAUAAAAAAAAACUUUCAUAUGCUUUGUGGUGAAGGCAAGGCUGAGAGUAGCAAGCAGGAUGUGAUGGUUGAUGGUAGCCGGUGGAAAGGAAAUUGGACAAUAGUAGUUUGAGUGCAAUAUGCUUGGCCAAGGAUCAAGUCCAUCAUGAGAUGACUAAACACAUCAACGUGAGGUAUCAUUUCUUGAGGAUAGAGAAGAGGAUUAAGGUGAAGAAGGUUGGCACCGCGGAUAAUCCUGCUGACAUGUUCACGAAGCCGGUUCCACAUGGCAAGUUCCAAGUUCCAACACUGCUUGGACUUGCUGAAUGUCUUGAGUGGGUGACUCCGCCCUAUGUGGCAUUGAUGGCAGGAGAGAGAGAAGGAGCAGAGUACAUCAAAGAUUUCAGAGGAAGAGGAUUCAAGUUAAGGUGGAGAUUUGUUGAUGUGACUUGAAUCACACUAUCAGCCGCUACGAUUGGAAGUCACGGGGUCUCGCUGUAUGGGUCCAUACACGUUUGUGUUGUCAGUUUUGGGCCUGGUGUGUAAUCAUUUCCUUUACCAGAUUGGAUUAGGUUUAGAACCACAUGGAGAAGUAUAAUACUUCUCAUCUCCUCUGUAAUCUGUAAUCUCCUCGAUAUAGUGAAACUGGCUCUCUCCUGUCCAUGGACUAGCUAACACACAUUGUGUUAGUGAACCGCGUAAAUUGUGUGCUUGUUUUCGAUGCUCGCUUUCGUAUUCUUGCUUUCUCGAUUCCGACGAUUUUCCGUUCCCUAUCAGUGCAGUUAUAACAAACCUCUUUUUGACAAUGUUUUUUACUCUCAUCUUCAAGCUCGCUCAUCUCCCCCAAUUGUCUAAGCUUAUAAAUGGUGGUAUUAUUUCUUUUUAUAUCUAAUUGUCUUUCCCUGUGUUCCUUUUGUGAGCAUAAUCAAAGGUUUUUGUUUCACAUAUGAAUGUGCUUGGGAUUUUAGGGAGAACAAAAUGCAACAUGAAGGCACAAAGUUACUUUAACUUUGGGUCUUCAAAUUUAGCUCCCAUGUAUUGAGCAUAUGCGAUCAAUUUUCUCUUCAUCGCCCACUGUUUUAACUACCUCUACUUUCACAUGAAAAUAUUAUUACUGAAGUUAACAAUGAAGCAUCUAAAAGUUCAACUUCUAAUUAUAACUUCCGCAAUGCACAAAAUAAUCCUUUGGUUUUUCUUUUAUAGCUUGAGCCCUUGACUCAAGUUAAGAAUGCUCAGUGUGAAUCUUGGCACUGGGUCAUUUUCUGGUUUCUCUAAUAGCUUCUAUAACGAAACUCUCUUGCAUGCAUGCAAAAUGGUCACAAAUUCUAUGGCAUAUUAGUUUGUGCAAAAUAGGUAAGGUUAAUGUUGCAUCGAGUAGGGUUUUUAGGUCGCCGUGCUACAUCUUCAACAUGCUACUUCAUAUUGUUGAUCAAUCACUAAUGUGCCCUGUGUCUUCUUUCACAUCAUAUAAUUUCAUAUAUAUAACUUGUACCGUGAUGAAUAAAGAUGGUAACUAUUG